CUAUCUAUCUAUCUACCUAUCUGUCCAUCUCCCUCUCUCUCAGACUUCAUCAGUCCUAGGGAAUACAUGGCUCUACCACCGCGACAGUCACCAAGACUCGGCAUGAAGGACAGUUCACAUGCGAUAACAAAGCCGAAGCCAGAGAUCAGAAUAAUUCACGUAUUCGAACCGGAGAUCAUGAAGACGGAUGCUGCAAACUUCCGCGAGCUCGUACAGCGGCUCACCGGAAAGCCUGUCGCAGCAGUUGGUGGUAAGAAGAAGAAGGAUAAGAAGUUAAUCGACUCGAAGCAUGACCGUGAGAAACUCACAUGCAAGGAAGAAGUCAAGCAGGAGGACUUAGAAGAGGAGGAGAGGAUGAUAGAGAACACUUGUUGUACACAAGAAGAGAUGGAUGAUUUUCUUCAAGUGCUCAGUGGAUUCCCUUUGUCUUCUCCAAGCUCUUCUCGCAUGGAUGUGCUUGGAAAUUAGACAUGAUUUAUUUUGUGUUUUAUUAAUGGAUUUUAUAUGCUUUUGAUGGUUUA